UGUGUCGGGAGCGGGAGGCGGAGCCCCAGGACCCCCACAGGGCUCUCGGCCUCGGUUGGUGGGUCCUGGCGUCGAUCGCAGCCGACCACGCUAGGAGCCAUGGGCAGGAAGCGGCUUAUCACCGACUCCUUCCAGGUGGUGAAGAGGCAGCGGCAGGACCCUGACACCAAGGAGGGGAGCCUACAGCCAGAGGUGGUGCCGGUCCCAGAUGAUGCCCCCCCAGGCGGCUCCCUGCACCUGGCCCAGCUGGAGAUGCUCAAACAGUUCGACCUCAGCUGGGAGUAUGGACCCUGCACUGGGAUCACCCGGCUGCAGCGCUGGGAGCGGGCCAAGUCCCUGGGGCUGAGCCCCCCUCUCACGGUGAGGGAGACACUGCUGGAGCAUGAGGGAGACCCCAGCUUCAUGCACUGCCUCUGGCAUGACUACCCACUCUGAGAUGAGGCAUGGCUGGCCCCGCCAUACAGCAAGGAAGGGGGAAUCAUGCUGCCGCCCGGACCUCACAGCAUUUACUCUGGUUCCUGAUUGGAAAAUAGCUCUGUGCUUGUAUUAAGAAGGGGGGGGGGGGUGUUCCCCUGGCAAUUGGGGUAUGGAGUGCCCAGGGCCCACAUUGGAUGGGCAAACCCAGGUCCUGGCAACCCUAGACCAAGCUGUGCUCUGUUCCAUCAGCUGCUGAGGUCCAUAUCCCAGAUUAAAGGGCCUGUUUG